GUUAUCUCAAGCUUCAAAGGCGGCAAAUCCUUGUUGUGCAUUUGGGAAUCAAAUCUUUCCACUCUCUUUCACAAGAUCGCUGCGGUUCAGAGACAUGAUUUCUGGUCAGUUGUCCAUGCUAUAACAGGCUUGGUUUUCUCUUUUAAGCAGGAGCAUGGCAACUGCAGAAGUUGGAUGGACCACUCGAGACGUUUUUCUUUGGAAGGUUCAGAGAUGGCAAGAAUCCAGCCCUCGCGUGGCUGUACGUGUGCAGAAGCACUUUAGCAGCUUGAUAUUUUGCUAGGACAAUUUCUACCGUGUGCAUUUGGUAUGGGCCUUACCAGGGUAAUGCAGAGGUAGAGAGAGAAAUGGAGCUGUACGGAUUGGGACAAAAGGGUGGAAUGGCAGCAGAGACCAGAGAGUGACAGAGUGUGCGACUGUGUGUGCAUGGGAAAAGGAUAGUGUGCAUGACUUGCUUGGGUUUAAAUGGAGAGAGAGUAUGUGGUAGAUUGAUGAACAAUAGCAACUAUGCAACUAUUCUCACUUCAAAGAGGCUUUGGAGUUGUCCUCCGUGUACAUCCCUAUCAACUAGAGGCUUUCAGACCAUGACACGAGGGAAAUGUGUUAGGGAGGGAUUGAAAGGGAGAUGUUCUUCACUUAAACCUAGCUAGCUUAGCUGUGGAAGAAAUGGCGUACACUUUUGUGCAAAGAAUAUAACAGGUCUACUUUCUCCGAGCUGCCAUACACCCGUGGGAAUUCUGGGAUAAACUAAUCAGAAAGGAUGGGGCUUUGCACAGCUUUUGACGGAGAGAUCGGACGGAUUGGCCACUUCUGGUAAGACCCUCCAACCAUCUGAGCAGAUGAUCAUUGAAAAUGGAUGUCACGUGAUUGGCACAAAGGUUUUGCUGUCCUCUUCUCAAGAUAAUGCUUGUCAUUUAUUUUGUUAUAUCCAAUUACUGGUUGAUCUCAUGCUCAGUUUUCAAGAAACUACUGUGCUAAAUUUGAUAGUACCAUGUUUAUGAACAAAGUUGUGAAAUAAUUGCUGCUUUGUUAAAAUUCAUGAUUCAUGCCCAUUCACGAUCCUGAAUUCUCUUAGUUUUUUUUUCUACAAGAAAGCCUCACUGCGAUUGUUAAUACACUGAAACAAUAUAAUGACUGUUUUGGCAGUGUAUGAAGAAAGCACAUGUGGAUGGGGUAAGUAACUUCUGUCCAAGGUGACACCCGAACCUUGUCAGUCAAACUGGGUGCAGAAGAAUCAACCUCUGCUGUUUUACUGCAGAGAUCAGCUCCCUUAUUUCUAUGCCCGUACUGAGAGCCCCCGGUCGGUGUCCUUUGGUAAGUACCUUGCAGCUGACUUAUUACCCGGUGGAAAGUUGGUCCCAAGUGUUAUCUCCUUGCAAGUACCACGACUUACAGCCUCACAAAAUAAAAGUCUAUACUCUAUAGUGCUAACAUUUUUACAAAGAGGGUAGUACUACCAAAUAGAUGUAGCAUAUAGGUGCAGAGAUUUUGCGUCAAGAGGGGUGUAUCUUAUUCAGUUCAUUUCUUUCGAUCUCGAUCUGAUUUGGUUGGUCACAGGUUCUUAGGAAAAAGAAAAGGAAGGAUCAGAAAAGAAAUUAAGCUCUCCGCUUUUUUUGUUUUCUUUUACCAAGACGAUCUGCACUUGAUUCUUGAGCACAUGAAAAGAAGAGUGAAUCGCUUGGACUGAAGGUGCUGACAAGCCCAACAUUCCCAGUGAAAUCUAGGAAGUAGGGACUAAUGUGCAAUCACCUCCAUUCAGAUUCCAGAGUCGCCCUCAAAACUCAAAAGGCACGCACCCAGUGACCCAGGUACUCGCGGAACAAGAGUCCUCCAACAUCCCUGUGGCUGUGACCGGUAGCUCCACUCCAAGUAGCCUCACGACACUUGUACCCGUGAAGACCCGGGUAAAUGCUGCCCAUUUAUUUGAACUGAGCUAACAAAAAGUUUCCAUGUUAGUUGUUUAAAACAGAACUUUGAAUGAAAACAUCUCCAAUUCCAACUCACACUCUCCUUGCCGUACAAGGGAGUGAGGGAUACAAAAUCCAGCAGGCCAAAGAGGGAAAGACCAAUCACCUCGAGCCGAAGUACCAAAGCAUAUCAAAAGAAAGGAAGAAAGAAAAACAAACGAAAUAGGGGCCGUAUCAUAUCGGCUGCCGAAAAACACAGGGAAAAACGCCUUGGAAGGGAGAAAAGCAGGGAAGGUCUCUGUGAAGCGUGAGCAGCCUCUCCUCUCCCGACUUUAUCUUUUCUGCUCCCCCCAACUGCUCUUGGUUUCUUUCUCUGCUGUGGUGCCUGACGAGUGAGCGGCCAGUGGAGGGAGGGAUCAAAGGUACACGCCAGCACUGCAGUACUAGUACACUGCUGCACACCAUAUCCUUUUUAGGGGUGAGCCUCCAGAAUACUAUAAGUGAUACCACAUAUUUGUAUGCAUUGCUGUAGGAUUUCUUAUAUCCUUUUUGGGAGAAAUAAAUUUAUUAUAUUUUAUAUAAAAUAGUGUCAAAACACAUUGAAGAUAUUUUUUUAAAAAAUAGUGUACUUAUUUGGUGUAGAAUUUGGGAGUUAAAUGAGUGCAGUACAGUAUGCCAAUAGCACAAUAGCAAGGUGGUUGAGUAAGUGGUCCUUUUUGCUUCAUGGAGUCGUCACAUGCUAAAUUCUGCAGUACUUUUCCCUGGAAGGCUACUGUGCCUGUAUGCAUUGUUUGCCAUUCUACAGUUCUACGUAUUUCCCUUCUUGGUUUUGCAAGAUCAGCAUAAAGCAGAGACUGUCCAUCUUAUAAUAAUAUUCCUCCACACUUUAUGCUCUCCCUGCCUCACACGUACUUAGGCUACUCGCACAAUUUUACCUUCAGAGACCCAGGUUUUUGAAGGAGAUAGACAGAGCCUUCCAGUCCAGUCUCUCUUCCUUCCUUCCUUCCUCCAACUUUACCUUGCUCUAGCUCUCCCUCCACACAUACAUGCUCACACAAACAUACACAUACACACAAGAAGCCCUAUGAGGCUGUAGACUAGUGGUAGCGUAGCAUCACAUUUUGUUCUUCCUCCUUUGCUUCAGGAGCCAGUUAGGACAUUGGUGUUACCGGGCUCUUUCCUCCAAACAGAAUCCAGAUUUUGUUCUCAUCCUCAAUUCUCUCUCCCUGACCCCCUCCCUCUCUCUUUCCAUCAAAUCACAAGCUUUGUUUAUAGAAAACAAACAGUUGUCUCUGCCUCUGCUUGGCUUCUUCUACCUGCAUCGGCCGUCCAUUUUUGCAGCAAGCAACAGUCUCUUCGGCUGCAUGAGUGUUCCCCGGAGCAACAAUGAGAGAUGGCAGCAACACCACCAAGAAGAGCAAGCUCUCGUGGUCCAAGAGCUUGGUGAGGAAGUGGUUCAACAUCAAGAGCAAGGCCCGUGACUUCCAUGCCGACGAUGUAGCUGCGGUUGGGAGGACAGGAGGGGCUGAUGAUGAGUGGAGGGGCAGCAGCUUCACCAGGAGGGAGCCCAGUACAGUCAAGAAGAGCAAGACAGAGAGGUCCUCAAGGAGGAGCAAUGGGCACUCGAGGAGAGGAAAAAUUGACCUUGACGCCGCUGAAGCUACAGUUAGAUUGGACUAUAGUAGGAUAUUUGUUGCUACAUGGAAUGUUGGUGGCCGUUCCCCACCAAAUAACAUGAGUCUUGAGGAUUGGCUCCAUGCUGCACCUCCUGCUGACAUCUACGUCCUCGGGUUUCAAGAAAUCGUCCCGCUGAAUGCUGGGAAUGUUCUUGGGACAGAGGACAAUGGCCCAGCAAGGAGAUGGGUGUCUCUGGUCAGGAGGACACUGAAUAAUUUGCCAGGCACUAGUGGCAAUGGGAGCUUCCGGACACCAUCUCCGGCACCUAACCCUGUGGUGGAGAUAGAUGAUGACUUUGAGGGUUUGUCAUCGAGGCAGAACAAUGCGCCAUUCUUUCAUCGUCGGUCUUUCCAGGCCGGGCUUAGCCGGAGUUUGAGGAUGGAGGGUGACAUUCUUGCUCCCCAGCCAAGGCUGGAACGCCGGUAUAGUGUCUGUGACCGAGCAAUCUAUGGCCGUAGGCCUAGUGACUAUGAGAACACCUGCAGGUGGGGUGGAUCAUCAGAUGAUGAGAAUAAUACUGGAGAGUCACCGAGUACAGUGUAUUCACCAAUGUCAUAUGGAUAUGGUAAUGCAUCAUCUCUGGAAGAUAGUCAGAGACGAGCUGGUCAUACGAGAUACUGUCUGGUGGCAAGCAAACAAAUGGUGGGAUUAUUUUUGAUGAUCUGGGCUCGGAAAGACAUAAGGGAUGACAUAAGAAAUCUGAAGGUUUCUUGUGUUGGGAGAGGACUGAUGGGCUACCUCGGGAAUAAGGGUUCAAUUUCGAUUAGCAUGUCACUGCACCAAACAAGCUUCUGCUUCGUCUGCAGCCACCUGACUUCAGGACAGAAGGAAGGUGAUGAGCUGCGGAGGAACUCCGAUGUACUGGAAAUCAUCAGAAAGACCAGGUUUCCAAUGGUCUAUGGGCAGUAUGAACGAACACCAGAAACAAUCUUAGAGCAUGAUCGAAUCAUCUGGCUCGGGGACCUAAACUACCGAAUCGCGCUUUCCUAUCGGUCAGUGAAGGCCCUCGUGGAGAUGCGCAAUUGGAAAGCUUUGCUGGAGAAAGAUCAGCUAAGGAUGGAGCAAAGAUGUGGACGAGUAUUUGUUGGGUGGAAUGAGGGGAAUAUAUAUUUCCCCCCAACAUACAAGUACUCAAACAAUUCUGACAAGUAUGCUGGAGAUGACAUGAAUCAGAAGGAAAAGAGGAGAACUCCUGCAUGGUGUGAUCGUAUUUUAUGGUAUGGAAGAGGCCUUGGUCAACUGUCAUACGUACGAGGUGAAUCUCGCUUUUCGGACCAUAGGCCAGUCUAUAGCGUCUUCAGUGCAGAAGUGGAAUCAAUCAAUCAUAGCCGGAUCCAAAAGAUGAGUUGCUCAAGUUCUCAACUGGACAUCGAAGAACUGCUGCCGUACUCCUAUGGAUACACUGACAUCAACCCGUAUGGAUACACUGACCUAAACUUCUACUGAAAGAGUUCAAGGAUUUCAGUCUUCAGCAUCCUUUGAAUGUUGAAUCCUAUAAGUAGUGAUGAAAUGGUUGUAUUAUUGAUGACGAUGCAAACAUUGAUGGACCUAAGCUUCAGCGUCUGAUAGUUGAAGUGCUGGGAUGGUAUGCAAGAUUUAAGUAAAUGGGACAAGGUGAGGCCAUGUUCUGAACUCUGAGCAAAGUUACAUACUGCAGCAAGGGGCGUGGUUCCCUGACUUACAGCAAAACAGUUCGUUUUUGGGGCAGACAGUACGAUAUUCAAUCAUAAGCUCAGAAGACUUUGGUCACAGCAAAGAUACUACUGACACCAACGGCAAGCGUGCACCAGAAUAUAUAUUUUUACCUGUACAUUGUAGGGCAACAUUUUCAGAUAAUAACGACAAGCAGUCCUUUGCAUAGUUUACUUCUCUGUGGUUGUAUUAAAGCUGUAAAAAAGGCCCAUGAACGCCUGCAUUGCUCGUAUGAUCAUUUCCAUGGAUGGAAAAAGGGUGUGUAGGCCAUCAUUUCCAUGUUUUUUU